AUGAUUGGCGCUGAUGGUAGGUCUAUCGAGACCACCGCACCCCAUCGAUGCUGAUUACGUCGCAAAUCCCAUUCAAUGAGAUCGGUCUUCAUUCACCUAGCUAUUUCCUCGUUUUCAUGUCCAGUCAGAAACCGGGGUAAAAGUUGGGCUGAUACUGGGGCUACUGUAUAGUCACAGGUUUGGAAUGGAAAUUGCAAGUACGGCCAAGUUACAUCAGAAGACUGCUGUCUGCGCUACAGUGCCGACAUACACGGGUUCACUGAUAGAGGCUAUGUGCUGCUUGGAUGAUUAGGCUCAAGCACAGUCUCAUUACACGAGAGAAACAUUUUUUUAAUGUUGAGGUAGCAUUAUGUCAUGAAUUGACGAAGAUGCCGGUGAUGAUGAAGAAAAUGUAGUACUGCUCAUAAGCCUCGUUAUCUAUGACGCAGCUGAUUAUUCUUAUUAAUCGCAAUAGACGAUUGAACAGAGCAUAGAUUUUGAUAAGUGGUGUCAACGUUUGCACGAUUACUCCAUCUCGAGGAAGCCAACAAACACGAAUGCUAACACAACUAGCGAUCAUCUUCGUAAUCGGAGCGAACAGACGACCCCGCGGCAUACAACGACAACGUCCUAAACAACAACGGAGCUUGGAGGAAUUAACAGAUUUGGUUAAUAGCAAAGGCAACGCUGGACACCCAGUAUGACGAUCAACACAGACGAUCAGUAUGCGGAUGGGGAAAGCAAAACAACUAUCAGUUCGAACCGGCGCUACAGUACGGGUAGCUUUCAGGACCAGUCGAUGGAGGAGGAUGUCAUCAACGCGACGCUAACGAACGAUAAGGCCACGCUGAUACAAGUCUGGCGCCCGAAGAGUUACGGUUCGGUAAAGGGCCAGAUACCGGCGCAUGACCGACUGACUUACACGUGGCGCGAGAUCGACGUGUUUGGUCAGGCGGCCACCGAUGGCAAAUCACGUGAACCAGUCUGUAGCCGGCUCCGGAACUGCUUCACUCGCCAACGGCUGGUGAAGGACUUCAAUCCUCGUAAGCACCUGCUUAAGAACGUUACCGGAGUAGCCCGGAGCGGCGAGCUGCUGGCUGUGAUGGGUAGCUCGGGUGCAGGCAAGACCACGCUGCUGAACGCUCUAGCCUUCCGGUCUCCGCCGGGUGUCAAAAUAUCGCCAAACGCGGUGCGUGCCCUAAACGGCGUUCCGGUGACAGCAGAGCAGAUGCGAGCACGGUGCGCCUACGUACAGCAGGACGACCUGUUCAUCCCAUCGCUCACAACCAAGGAGCACCUGAUAUUCCAGGCGCUACUGCGGAUGGGCCGUGACGUACCACAGUCGGUGAAGCUGCACCGGGUCGACGAGGUGCUGCAGGAGCUAUCAUUGGUCAAGUGCGCCGACACGAUCAUCGGUGCGCCUGGUCGCAUCAAGGGUCUAUCGGGGGGCGAGCGAAAGCGGCUGGCUUUCGCAUCGGAAACGCUAACCGAUCCGCAUCUGCUGCUGUGCGACGAGCCCACGUCCGGGCUGGACUCUUUUAUGGCGCACAGCGUACUGCAGGUCCUGAAGGGGAUGGCGAUGAAGGGUAAAACCAUCAUCCUUACCAUCCACCAGCCGUCUUCCGAGUUGUACUGCCUGUUCGAUCGUAUCCUGCUGGUUGCUGAGGGUCGCGUCGCCUUCCUCGGGACGCCAUAUCAGUCAGCCGAAUUCUUUUCGCAGUUGGGAAUACCUUGCCCGCCGAACUACAACCCAGCUGACUUCUACGUGCAAAUGCUUGCAAUCGCACCCAACAAGGAGACCGAGUGCCGAGAGACGAUAAAAAAAAUUUGCGACUCGUUCGCGGUCAGCCCGAUCGCACGAGACAUCAUCGAAACGGCGUCGUUAAUUAACGGUGCCGGUGGCAUUGAGUUGGAACGCGUCAAGCACAUUAACGAUGCAUACUUCUUGCAACCGAUGGAAGGCGUCGAUAGCACCGGCUAUCGGGCGAGCUGGUGGACUCAAUUCUACUGCAUCUUAUGGCGCUCAUGGCUGAGCGUAUUGAAGGAUCCGAUGCUGGUGAAGGUGCGCCUGCUGCAGACGGCGAUGGUGGCCUCGCUCAUCGGGUCCAUCUACUUCGGUCAAGUGCUCGACCAGGACGGCGUGAUGAACAUCAAUGGCUCAUUGUUUCUGUUUCUCACCAACAUGACCUUCCAGAACGUGUUCGCGGUGAUAAACGUAUUUUCGGCCGAACUACCCGUAUUUUUGCGUGAAAAGCGUUCCCGCCUGUACCGCGUAGACACCUACUUCCUCGGCAAGACGAUCGCAGAGUUGCCGCUGUUCAUCGCUGUCCCUUUCGUAUUCACCUCGAUCACGUACCCGAUGAUCGGGUUGAAGGCGGGCGUUUCGCACUACCUAACCACACUGUUCAUCGUGACGCUCGUCGCCAACGUGUCCACUUCGUUCGGCUAUCUCAUCUCCUGCGCCAGUUCUUCCAUCUCGAUGGCACUCUCAGUGGGCCCGCCCGUCGUCAUACCGUUCCUCAUUUUCGGCGGUUUCUUCCUCAAUUCAGCCUCGGUGCCGGCAUACUUCAAAUACCUGUCCUACCUAUCCUGGUUCCGGUACGCCAACGAGGCACUGCUCAUCAAUCAAUGGGCGGCCGUCGGCGACGGGGAGAUUGCAUGCACACGUGCCAAUGUCACGUGUCCGGCGUCGGGUGAGAUCAUUCUCGAGACGUUCAACUUCCGCGUCGAGGACUUUGCGCUUGACAUUGGUUGCCUAUUUGCGCUUAUCAUCCUGUUCCGGCUUGGCGCCCUGUUCUGUCUGUGGUUACGCUCUCGCAGCAAGGAAUAACAGCGGUGCUAUCAUUCAUGUACCACCAUCCGUUUCUGAUUUUUUUUUCUACCAGAUUCUCACCUCAUCCACCCCUGUCAGGCGCGCAUCCCUCCACCCGACCCCGAGGAACACAAAUAUGAACAUGACUACUAUGAGUACUUGGUUCUUUUACAUUUUCAUUCAUUUAUGUUAAGCGUUUGUAGUAUUUUGUUCCGGCUCCCAGGUCGUCCGGUUACCUGUGGGACGUACACAGUGCAUCAUAACAAUGAUAAUGUACCACGAGUAUGACACUGGAGUCUUAUAUAAAAAUAUCCUGGAAGCAGUGAAACAAAGCAUCACACGAACCAUUAAGCCCAUGCCGGCUACGUAAGCUUAUCCAAGCGUAAACUUUUUGGCACUCCAUUUCAGUUUACGGUAAAGUUUACAUUUUGUAUGCCACACUUUACACUUUUUUUAUAUAUGGUAUAGUUUUGAAUAGUUUUGUUUAUUUACUACUGAAUACUACACAUACGGCUCAUCUUUUCUUAUGCGUGUUAAAAACAAUCCUGACUAAUGCAUUUGCCGAGGUAGACUGUUUUUAAGAAAUAUAAAACCAAGAUAAAAAUAAAGGGUAAAAAACCAAUA